CCUUUACGUUGCUUAAUUACGUUGUUUGAGGAGCCACCCUUUACGUUGCUUAAUUACGUUGUUUGAGGAGUCACCCUUUACGUUGCUUAAUUACGUUGUUUGAGGAGUCACCCUUUACGUUGUUUGAGGAGUCACCCUUUACGUUAUUUGAGGAGUCCUCCUUUACAUUGCUUAAUUACGUUGUUUGAGGAGUCGCCCUUUACGUUGUUUGAGGAGUCACCCUUUACGUUGUUUGAGGAGUCACCCUUUACGUUGUUUGAGGAGUCACCCUUUACGUUGUUUGAGGAGUCACCCUUUACGUUGUUUGAGGAGUCACCCUUUUACAUUGUUUGAGGAGUCGCCCUUUUACGUUGUUUGAGGAGUCGCCCUUUACGUUGUUUGAGGAGUCGCCCUUUACGUUGUUUGAGGAGUCGCCCUUUACGUUAUUUGAGGAGUCCUCCUUUACAUUGCUUAAUUACGUUGUUUGAGGAGUCGCCCUUUACGUUGUUUGAGGAGUCGCCCUUUACGUUGUUUGAGGAGUCGCCCUUUACGUUGUUUGAGGAGCCACCCUUUACGUUGCUUAAUUACGUUGUUUGAGGAGUCGCCCUUUACGUUGUUUGAGGAGUCACCCUUUACGUUGCUUAAUUACAUUGUUUGAGGAGCCACCCUUUACGUUGCUUAAUUACGUUGUUUGAGGAGUCACCCUUUGCGUUGCUUAAUUACGUUGUUUGAGGAGCCACCCUUUACGUUGCUUAAUUAUGUUGUUUGAGGAGUCACCCUUUACGUUGCUUAAUUACGUUGUUUGAGGAGUCACCCUUUACGUUGCUUAAUUACGUUGUUUGAGGAGUCACCCUUUACGUUAUUUGAGGAGUCGCCCUUUACAUUACUUAAUUACGUUGUUUGAGGAGUCGCCCUUUACGUUGUUUGAGGAGUCACCCUUUACGUUGUUUGAGGAGCCACCCUUUACGUUGCUUAAUUACGUUGUUUGAGGAGUCGCCCUUUACGUUGCUUAAUUACAUUGUUUGAGGAGCCACCCUUUACGUUGCUUAAUUACGUUGUUUGAGGAGUCACCCUUUGCGUUGCUUAAUUACGUUGUUUGAGGAGUCACCCUUUACGUUGCUUAAUUGCGUUGUUUGAGGAGUCACCCUUUACGUUGCUUAAUUACGUUGUUUGAGGAGUCACCCUUUACGUUGCUUAAUUACGUUGUUUGAGGAGUCACCCUUUACGUUGCUUAAUUACGUUGUUUGAGGAGUCACCCUUUACGUUGCUUAAUUACGUUGUUUGAGGAGUCACCCUUUACGUUGCUUAAUUACGUUGUUUGAGGAGUCACCCUUUACGUUGCUUAAUUACGUUGUUUGAGGAGUCACCCUUUAUUAUUGCUUAAUUACAUUGUUUGAGGAGUCACCCUUUACGUUGCUUAAUUACGUUGUUUGAGGAGUCACCCUUUACGUUGCUUAAUUACGUUGUUUGAGGAGUCACCCUUUACGUUGCUUAAUUACGUUGUUUGAGGAGCCACCCUUUACGUUGCUUAAUUACGUUGUUUGAGGAGUCACCCUUUACGUUGCUUAAUUACGUUGUUUGAGGAGCCACCCUUUACGUUGCUUAAUUACGUUGUUUGAGGAGUCACCCUUUACGUUGCUUAAUUACAUUGUUUGAGGAGUCACCCUUUACAUUGUUUGAGGAGUCACCCUUUACGUUGUUUGAGGAGCCACCCUUUACGUUGUUUGAGGAGCCACCCUUUACGUUGUUUGAGGAGCCACCCUUUACGUUGUUUGAGGAGUCACCCUUUACGUUGUUUGAGGAGCCACCCUUUACGUUGUUUGAGGAGCCACCCUUUACGUUGCUUAAUUACGUUGUUUGAGGAGUCACCCUUUACGUUGUUUGAGGAGUCGCCCUUUACAUUGCUUAAUUACGUUGUUUGAGGAGUCACCCUUUACGUUGUUUGAGGAGUCACCCUUUACGUUGCUUAAUUACGUUGUUUGAGGAGUCACCCUUUACGUUGCUUAAUUACGUUGUUUGAGGAGUCGCCCUUUACGUUGUUUGAGGAGUCACCCUUUACGUUGUUUGAGGAGUCACCCUUUACGUUAUUUGAGGAGUCGCCCUUUACAUUGUUUGAGGAGCCACCCUUUACGUUGCUUAAUUACGUUGUUUGAGGAGUCGCCCUUUACGUUGUUUGAGGAGUCACCCUUUACGUUGUUUGAGGAGCCACCCUUUACGCUGUUUGAGGAGCCACCCUUUACGUUGCUUAAUUACGUUGUUUGAGGAGUCGCCCUUUACGUUGCUUAAUUACGUUGUUUGAGGAGUCACCCUUUACGUUGCUUAAUUACGUUGUUUGAGGAGCCACCCUUUACGUUGCUUAAUUACGUUGUUUGAGGAGUCACCCUUUACAUUGUUUGAGGAGUCACCCUUUACAUUGUUUGAGGAGUCACCCUUUACGUUGUUUGAAGAGCCACCCUUUACGUUGUUUGAGGAGUCACCCUUUACGUUGUUUGAGGAGUCGCCCUUUACAUUGUUUGAGGAGUCGCCCUUUACGUUGCUUAAUUACGUUGUUUGAGGAGUCACCCUUUACGUUGUUUGAGGAGUCACUCUUUACAUUGUUUCAUGGGCUUACCUUACCUGGUAAGUGAAACUGCAGUUUGAAAUAAUUCAGUAUGUCACAAUAUAAUUAAUUUCAAUCUUGGCAUAUUAAACAAUGCUCCUAUAACACUUUAUUCUCUGUCCUAAGAUGUGUUAUAUUGCUGCAUUGGUGUUAGUGGUGGCAGGGUCUGCUCUGAUCAGUCAACCUGCUGUAUGACCAAUGGAGGAUACGCCUGCUGUCCCUUCCCUGAAUGAGUACGAAACAAAUUUGACACCACUAGUAUAGAUGUAGUUCUUCAAUGGUGAAACCAACUUUUCGGUCAAAACGAAGACCCUCAUCAUACCUCACUGAGAUAUAUUAGAGAUUCAUUACAUAUGAAUUACAAGGUAUUCACAGAUCACCUCAUAACUUUUAUUUUCACUGUGUUUGUUUUCCUAGGCAGUGUGUUUGUAAGUAGUGUUGCUCUAACAUAACCCACUGUUGCCUGUCUGGAUACAGCUGCAACACCACAGAACAGAUGUGUGCGAAAUAUUACCAACCAUAGAGCAGUGUGCCCAUGCUGAACAAGGUGGCUGCAGAGAAACCACGCUCUCCUGUCUCUCCCCCACUUGAGUCUGAUAUCAUCCCAGAGCAAUGCUGCAGCAAUUCUGCAGCAGUGGAGAGCUCUGUCUCUAUGGUGCACUGUGAUUGCUCAAAUAUCUGCCCUGCUGCCGUCAUCCCGAGGGCGGGUGGAGCUGCUGUCCAUUUUCUUCUGUGAGUAGUCUUUCUGCUUGUAUGUUUGCUUCAUGGUCUAGUUCAGGGGUCUCAAACUAAUUUUGCCUUCGGGCCACAUUUGAUCUUCUUCCCCAAAGCCCAGAUUCACAAAACCUUAAGAAGAAAUGUAUUCUUAACUGACAUUUUUUGGGGAGGAGGACAUGACUACUUAGGAUUCAGUCGCAUGUUGUUUGUUUGUUGCCAUUUAUGUUAUUAAAGGUGGUAGCAUAUUGAAAAUAACCUACGGAUAAAAGUAUUUUAUAUCUUAGAUAUAACCAAGGUCAUUACAUGUUUUUUUUUGCGUAAGACAGUUUUGCGUGUUUUGUGAAUCUGGGCCCGCAGGCCGGUCAUUUGAGACCCCUGGUCUACUGUAACUUUACAUCUUGGAUAACAAGAUAAAUAUAUAUUGUAAAAAUAUAUUGUCGUUAUUCAGUUUUGUUAUUAGGCUACUAUGUAAUUCAUGCUUGUUACAUUCUACUUACAUUAGUAACUACACAGUAAAGUUAGUCAUAUUUCUAUAAACAGCAUUGUUAAUUAAACAUUUCUACUUAAAAUGUGUAACAUCAAAACAUGAACUUGUAUUUUGCUGUUUCCUAGAGCGUGUGCUGUCUGGAUGGUGUCCACUGCUUUCCUUGUGGUUAUAAGUGUGACCGCAUACACACUAAGUGUCUGAAGACUGAUGGCCUGAGGUACCCCUUUAUUCCGAGGCAGGCCCACUUCCUUCCUAUGAUCAAACUCACCAAGAUAUCCAAGGUCAACGACCAGGUGCCACAAUAUGUUCCAGACGUAACAAAUAUAGUGUGUGAGCAGCUAGCGCUGUUCACUUUCUAUCAAUACAUGACACUUUGUCCACAGUUUAUCAUCAGUCAUGACAUUCUCAGACAAAGGCACGCUGGAUGUCAGCUUUAUACCAUUAAUUGAACUGAGACAUUGUUCCUGCUCACUGGUAUUGUGUUGCUUUGGUGUUACUACCCUGAGAGUAAGAUCUUGAAGUUGCGGUUUUCUCUUCUUUUAGCAGGUCCCAUGGACACUACUUGGUUGCCGUUGACAGCACCCAACAUGGCUGGGUUAUUCCCUUCCACAGGAAAUCAACUGACCUCCAGCUACAGUAACCCGUUGUGGCAAGGGAAACACUGGAAAAUACUGUUGUCGACAGCUAUCUAAGCCAAACUAACAAGAUUUUAUUUUGAAUUACAUUUUGCCUAACUACUGAGAUUGGGAUUGUACACUUUUUGUGAAUGCAUUAUAUGUACAUGAAUGGGGAAUCAUGACACCCACUCAUUGUUGAUUUCAUAAAACAGACAGGUCAAUAAAAUAAAUGAUAGACACAAUAAAUAUCUACUGGCUACAUUCAUUAAGGAUGUGGGUUGGGGUUGUAGGGUAACAUGGUAUCAACAUCUUGUACUGGUUUUUCUACCCCUGAUAACUAGCCAGUACUUCUACCACCAAUUUCAAAUGUUUUAUGGAAAUAUAAAUUAUGCACAUGGAAGCAAAAAAUGUCAUACAUUUUUUUACGAUAUAGCCAAUUUUGCCCUUGUGGCUGUGGAUUCUAGUGGAUACCACUUCCCACCCGGGGCGUUUCUCCCAUGAGCAAGUGUGCUUGUUUGUAACCACGGCAACGUCGGUCGAGCAAAUGCAAAACAAGGUAAGCUAAGCUAGCUAACAUGUGCACUCGUUAUCAGAUAAAUAGAGAAUUUGCAGCAUUUGGGUAGCUAUGCAUUGCAGCGUUAGCUAAAGUUAGCUAUCCUGCUAUGUCAAGUAACUUAGCUAGCUAAAGUUAGCUAACGUUAGCUGGCUGAUAAGUUACUAAUUUAGUUAGGCUAACUAACCUUAGCUUUCAUGUUUGAAAGGGCUGAUAAUGCCAGCAUUAGUUCAAGGUAGCUAGAUAGAUAGGGCCCAACAAGUUACAGAAUCCCUGCUCAAAAGUGUUUAUGAUAUAUUUAAAUUAAUGUGGCAGUAAUACUAUAUUUGACUAUGGUUUAUUUGCAAACUCUAACAUUGCAUUUUGAGAAUUCUCUCUGGUUAAACUCUGUUCUUCUAUUGAACAGGUAAUACCCCCCAAAAUUCCCAAGCAUGACUGCAACAAUGUCCAAGUCUCCUGGGGCUGGCAUGUAUCCUCCAGUAGCAAAACUCAACUUGGCUGCAGACCCCAGGAAGAUGCGCAGGAUCAUUGCAGAAGAUCCAGAGUGGUCCCUCACUGUAGUGCCCCUUUUAUCCAACCUCUGCCUGCAACACAUAGUGAGAAACUUUGAGGAGAAGCCCAUCCUCGAAGAACUUCUUCCCAGGCACAAAGACUAUGUCCUGGAGAGGCUCUCUCCGUCCCUGCCCCUGCAUGUGACUGCCAACCUGAUCAGCGACGACGGCUACUGGAAGCGCUGCUGCAAACAGCGCUGGGGCCUGUGUGACGUCUCCUCAUACGGCCACAGCUGGAAGCGCAUGUUCUUUGAGAGGCACCUGGAGAACAUCAUCGAGCUCUACAUUCCUGAUGCCACUGACCCCAAGACGGUGCUGGGCAUGGUGCCUCUGUGCCGGAACUACGUGAAGAGGCUGGACAUCUCACAGCUGAUGCCGCCAAUCAAGGAACCCCAGAAGUCAGAGGACGAUGACAACUCGGACUCGGCCAGCGACAUGGGCAUGGAUGGGCCAUCCAUGGACCACUUUGACUUUGGCAUCCUGCUGGACAUGCUGAGCCAUCUGGAGGAGUUUCACGUGGUCUACCGGGUCAAGGGAUGCGGCAUGAACUUUGAGUGGAACCUCUUUGAGUUCACCUUCCGCGACUGCGAGUCUCUGGCCAAGGCCUUGAAGUCCUGUAAGACCUUGAGGGUGCUGAGGAUCCACCAAAGCAAAGUGGAUGACGAGAAGUGUCGCCAGCUUGUGAACAACCUCCUGGACCACCCGUCCCUCAGGGAGCUCAACCUCUCCCACAACCUCAUCGGGGACCGGGGGGCCCGGGCCAUCGGCAAGCUGCUCAACAGGAGUAAGCUGGAGAGACUCACUGUCUACGACAACAACAUUCGGGGGCCGGGGGCCCAGGCUAUAGCCUAUGCCCUGGCCAAGAACUCCAGCCUGCUGUCCCUCAACCUGCGUCUGAACCGGCUGGGGGACGAAGGUGGCCAGGCCAUCGCCCAGGCCCUGCUGAAGAACCGCACCCUGAAAUGGCUGCACCUGGGAGGCAAUGAAAUGACAGAGCCCACAGCCACGGUCCUAUCCCAAGUCCUGGUCCAGAAUAAUACGCUGAGGAGCAUCAACCUGUCCUGUAACAGGCUGGGUAUGGAUGGUGGUAAAGUGUUGGAGGAGGGCAUGUGUCACAACAGCAGCAUGGUGGAGUGUGAUAUCCGCCUGACAGAGGUGGGCCAGGAGAGCGACUACUGCAUCAGCCAGGUGGUACGCAACAAUCGGAACCAAGCACACAGGAAACACAACACAGAAGAGAACCUAGCCUAAACCUCAGAGCAUUAUUAAAUACAAGGAAGAAGAAUCAUCACUGAAUUAUCACAGUGAAUUAUUGUAAUGUUUGUUUAUGUGUCAAUUAAUCCCAUUGGGGGAUGGGUUGCCAGCUGGCGAUUUGACAUGAAAAUACAUUUUCAUUCAUUCAUAUAAACAUACAGCCCAUUUGUGUUCA